UUCAGUCGCGACAGAGAGUCGUUGGUGCGCAUUUCGGUUAGUUUGUAGUAGCGAUGCAUUGCGUUCGCACAAGUUAAUCAUCGCUCGUGAACGCGCAUCGAGAGUAUUAUGGACGCCAGCAAGAAAUACGAGAACCCCAGUCCAAGGCUCUCAGCCAAUUGUUUUAGUAGAUUGUUGUUCGGCUGGUUGUUCAAGCUUUUCUGGUAUGGUAGAAAGCAUGACCUUGAAGCCAAAGACCUUUACAAUGCUUUACCAGCUGAUCUCAGCCAGCCACUGGGAGACAAACUGGAGAAGCAUUGGAAACGUGAGGUGGAAAAUGCACUCAAGACUAACAGAAAACCCAGACUCUUAAAUGCCAUUAAGAAGACAUUUGGUUGGUCUUAUUCACAUUAUGCAGGCCAUAUUCUAUUUCUGAGUGUAGUUGUAAGGGUAGUGCAACCACUAACACUAGGGAUUCUAAUCUAUCACUUUGAUCCAUGUGCAACAACCACUACAAGUGAUGCCUAUCUAUUGGCAACUGGUGUGGUAGUGAUGACUCUAUUGCAGGCAAUAUUUAAUCAUCACUCUAAUUUAGGUCAGCUGGAAGUAGGCAUGCGUUUGAGAAUUGCUUGCUCUUCUCUGGUCUAUAGAAAAUUAACACAGCUGUCAGUGUCAGCUGCUGCUCAAGCUACUGGUGGAUUAAUUAUUAAUUUACUGUCUAACGACGUGGCAAGAUUCGAGCAAUUAUUUCUCUACUUACAUUACGUUUGGGUGAUGCCAUUACAAGGGGCUGUGAUAACUUACUUAAUUUGGAGGCACGUCGCUAUUGCCUCGCUAGCUGGAGUCGCCUUGGUGUGUCUACAAUCGAUACCCGUUCAAGCUUACUGCGGAAAACUUACCUCGAUAUUGCGAGCAAAAAUCGCUACGAGAACCGAUGAGAGAGUUUUGCUAAUGAGUGAAAUUGUCAAUGGAAUAAAAGUUAUUAAAAUGUAUACUUGGGAGGCGCCUUUUGAAAAACUCGUUUCUUUCAGUAGAAAGCACGAAGUUGAUGUGCUGCUGAUGGCAGCGUACUUGAGGGGUGUAAACUUUGCAUCGUUCGUAUUCACCGAACGAACUACAUUGUAUGUGACGGUAGUGGCUUAUGUACUUCAGGGAUAUGUUAUAUCGGCCGAAAAAAUUUUCACAAUGGCCCAGUACUUCAAUAUUCUUCAGCUAACUAUGGCAAUUUUUUACCCUCAAGCCGUCCGCAGCGCCGCUGAAGCGAAAAUUUCAAUAAAGAGGAUAGAAAAAUUUUUGCUAUUAGAAGAUGUCCAGAUGAGCGCUAAAUCCUUAUCACCAAAUAAUGACAAUACCUGUAUCUCAAUCAAGAACGUAAACGCUUCAUGGUCCGAAAAUCCGAUUGUCAGUACUUUACAAGACAUAAACAUUAGCAUUCCACAAAAGAAAUUAUACGCAGUUGUAGGUUCGGUCGGUGCUGGUAAAAGCACUCUACUCAAACUGAUUUUGGGUGAAAUAAGACCGUCAACUGGUGAAGUUUUUGUAAAUGGAAACAUCACGCAUGCGAGUCAAGAGCCAUGGUUAUUUGCCGGUUCCGUAAGGAAUAAUAUCUUAUUUGGUGAACCCUACAAUGAAGCGAAGUAUAAGCAAGUAACCAAAGCUUGCGCGUUAGCAAAAGAUUUCGAACAAUUAUCGUACGGCGAUAAGACUCCCGUUGGCGAAAGGGGAACUAGUCUGAGCGGUGGACAAUGUGCAAGAGUCAACUUAGCUAGAGCGGUGUACAGGGAUGUUGAUGUCUAUUUGUUCGAUGAUCCAUUAUCAGCCGUUGAUACACACGUUGGCAAAAGUCUGUUUGAGGAUUGUAUUAAUGGCUAUUUGAAACAUAAAACUCGUAUUCUCGUUACUCACCAAGUACAGUACUUGAAAGAAGCUGAUGUCAUCAUAUUACUUAACAAUGGAAUGAUUGAAUUCCAAGGCUCGUUUACAGACUUCAGCAAGAAUGAAAAAUUUAUGAAACAUUUGCCGUCUGAUGAGGAAGCUGAAAAAACGACUGUUGCUGAUGUGGAUGUGACUGCAAACAACGUACAAGCAUCUUUCGUCACGACUCCUAGUUUCGAUGAAGAUGAAGAAAACGAGCCCACGGAAACUGAAGAGCUUAUGGCUAAAGGAAAUGUUAAAUCUUCGUUAUACUGGAAAUAUUUCAGAGCUGGUGCCUCGUACUUUUUACUUUUGAUGCUGGUAGUUUGUUUCGUUUUUGCUCAAAUAUCCAGCAGUGGUUGCGAUUACUGGGUUGGUUACUGGACUCGUCAAGAGGAACAGCGCACACGUGAUUUCAUAAACGCAACAAAUUCGUCGGACUGCAUGGGCCCAGAAGCGAUGCAAAGACUGAUGAAUAAAACCGAAUACGCCAAGUACAAGGAACCAUACAUGCAGCCAGAAUUAGGGAUAUACGUUUAUACCGUACUGAUAUUAGGUAGCAUUUUAAUGUCAAUCGCUAAGAACGUAUUAUUUUACAAGAUUUGUAUGAAUGCAAGUAGAAAGCUCCACGACACGAUGUUUGCUCGACUACUUCGUGCUCCAAUGAGAUUUUUUGAUGUUAAUCCUUCUGGAAGAAUUCUUAAUCGUUUCUCGAAGGAUACUGGUGCUGCGGAUGAAUUGUUACCUAUGGCGAUGCUUGAAGCACUGCAGAUAUUUUCUGUCAUGGUCGGUAUCCUCGUCCAAGUGCUCUUAGUUAACUGGUGGUCCAUUUUUCCCAUGAUGAUCAUGGGCUUUCUUUAUAUUCAACUUAGAAAUAUAUACUUAGCUAGUGCUCAGGACAUCAAGAGGAUUGAAGGCAAUGCCAAAAGUCCAGUAUUUUCGCACACAAACUCCACGUUAUCCGGCCUGUUGACAAUCCGCGCGUGUCGCGCUCAACGAAUGCUCUGUCGUGAAUUCGACGCUCAUCAGGAUGUGCACACAUCGGCUUACUUCCUUCAAAUUGCAACUUCGACGGCUUUCGGAUUUUACCUGGAUGUCGUGUCGAUAGCUUUCGUGGCAUUUGUCACUUACAGUUUUGUUAUAAUGCAAAGCACGGAUUUGUUUGUUAAUGAAAAUGGCAAACCUUACGCUGGCAACGUUGGCCUUGCCAUUUCUCAGUCGCUCAUUUUGUGCGGCAUGUUGCAGUAUGGAAUGAGAAUGACUGCCGAGGCGAUCGCUCAGAUGACUAGCGUCGAGAGAAUAUUCCAGUUCACAAAAUUAGAGCAGGAAGGUCCGUUUGAAAGUGAACCUGGACUAAAACCAAUGAAAGAGUGGCCAGAAAAGGGUAGAAUUGAAUUUAAGGGACUGUAUUUGAAGUAUUCCGACGAAGAGGAACCGGUGCUCAAGAAUUUAAGCUUCCUCGUUGAACCAGGGAUGAAGGUGGGCAUAGUUGGUCGAACAGGCGCAGGUAAAUCAUCGUUGAUAUCAGCGUUAUUCCGAUUAACAAAGCUUGAAGGCGAACUACUAAUAGACAAUAUUGAUGCGCAAAAGAUCGGCUUACACGAUUUGCGCAAGAAAAUCUCUAUAAUCCCUCAGGAACCAAUGCUAUUCUCCGCGUCAUUGCGCGACAAUCUUGAUCCGUUCCACGAGUUCGAGGACGUGGCGUUGUGGGCAGCUUUACAAGCUGUUGAGCUCAAUAAGAGUUUUGUUUCACUGGAUCACUCGGUAAAUCGAGGUGGUGGUAAUCUGAGCGCUGGUCAGCGUCAGUUGCUCUGUUUGGCUCGAGCUAUCGUUAAAAAAAACAAGAUUCUCGUAAUGGACGAGGCAACGGCCAACGUCGAUCCUUCGACAGACGCGCUAAUACAGAAAACAAUCAGAAACAAAUUUAAGGAUUGUACUGUACUGACAAUAGCUCAUCGAUUGAAUACAAUCAUGGAUAGCGACAGGGUGCUAGUGAUGGAUCAUGGCCAAGCUGUUGAGUUUGGACAUCCGCAUGUACUACUGCAAGAUAAGGUCGGUCAUUUAUCCAGAAUGGUACAGCAGACUGGCAACGUUAUGACACAGAAUCUUAGGAUGAUCGCUAAAAAAGCAUAUAACAAUGUAGUGUCUGGCGAGCAAGAGCGCGAAAGUGCCGUAGAUUGAUGAGAUAUCUAGACAUUUGAAUAGAAUUCUUUUUCAAAGAUACACAUUUUGUACGAUUAUUUUCAUUUCAAUACUCUUACGUUUGAGCGAGUUAUACACGACUUUAUUCGUAUACUCGUAUAGCAUUCAAAAGUAUUUUAAUUGAAAAAAAUGUGAUGCAUAAAUUUGUACAUUUUUAAAUCAAUUACAUAACGUAAUUGAAGACUAUAGUAUUACAGUAGAUGUUCCCGAAUACUCGCUACCCACUUGAAAGUGCAAAGUUGAUCUUUGCGAAUGCACAGUCUUGGUGCUUCUUUACGUAUUGUACUUAUCGGUGUUCAAAGCUGUGCCUGCUCUUUAGAGCAAUUGCGGUUUUAUUUGAGAUGCGUAUACCAUUAUUCUGUAUGGAAAUAUUUACAAUAUAACUUUCUGUGAUAAAGUGAUAAAUUCUAUUUAUUUGUGACCUUAGCCCGUAUUUAAAUUAAUUUUAACUCGAAUAUAUCAUAGAAAAACCAAUAAUGAAAUUUGUCUUGUUAAAUAUAUUCCAAGAUGUUAUUUGUUAUGAAAACACUUGUGCCGACUAUUCGUAUUCAAGGUCGCUAAACAGCGCAUUGUGCAAUCCAUUUUUUGAAAAAGAAAAAGAAAGAAACUUUGUACAGCGCAUUCAAACGUUAAUAUUUUUAAGUACUAUGUUAUAUAAAAAACUUGGCAGGCUAUUGAUACUUAAAAAAGUAUUUUAAAAAGUUACUAAAAUUACCAGCUAUUUUAGAUUUCAAAUUAAAUAAUUUUAUUUAAUUUGAAUUCUCAAAAUUACCUUACGCAUGAAAAUUAACGUAGUUUACCAACUUCAUGAAUUAAUUGUGGUUUGAAUAUACGAUCAACUAGUUAAAGUUAACAUUGAUAUACUGCGUACGUAUUUUAAUUUUGGCACGAUAUCAAAAUGAUUGCUCGAGAAUUUUGAAUUGUUACAGAAGUCUAAUUAAGGCAGCUCAAUGUCAGUGCGAUAUGAACUGUCUAGAUUGAAGUUAAAAAUUUGAAUAAUCUCGAGAACAACUGUUACAUUAAAUCUUUAUAGUUCCGAUAUAGAAGAGUGGUUUGCAAACACUAUACACACUCCGACGACAACAAUCGUUGCUAUUCGAGUGUACGUUAGCCUUAUUGUUUAUUGGUCAUUCGACAUUGUAUACUAAACUAUAUGAUAAAAGCUUAUGCGAUUGAAUUAAUUUGUUUUAACACUAUGAGACAUUUUUUAGAUGAAAACCAAUCGGUAAAAAAUUAGAUAUAAAAAUAUAGCAAGAUUUUUAAACUUCAGUCUUUUUCAUAAUUUUACCUUUCGAAAGCUGAAUUUUGGGUAUUUGUCACUUGAACUUUAGUUACGUAUAUCCAAACGUGUAGUUUUAACUGUUACUUACGUUUAUCUAAGAUUGUCGAGAAAAAUAUUGCUCCCGUCACUUUCAUCUAUAGAAUUGAUAAGGAGCUGAUUAUAAUUGCCAACGUGAGAUAUGGCUUCGAUAAAAUACUGCAUUUGGGUACGUCGAUUGAUCCACUUGUAAGUGCUUUGUGCAAGUGGCUAUAAGAUUGCCUUCGUCUUUUCGUGACAGUGCAACUACGGCAAGGAGUAACGUUCACGCGAGACAGCCAGAUACUUAAUUAGUCGCAUUAGGCUUUCCUUUUGGUAAGCCUUGUGCAAAUCACCGCUGAAGCUUUGGUGUAUAAAAGUAAGGACAGUGGAAACAGUUCGAUAGGUGGCUGAGAGACAUAGUUAAUAAUCAGGUGCAGAGAUAUGAUUUUGCAAUUUCCGAUUGCCACUAUCACUUGACGGGACUCGCGAGCGAUGCCGUCACCGACGAUAUUGAAUCGUUGAUAAGCUCGCGAACGCGAUCGUGAUUUCCUACAGAUAUAUGCCAAAUCAAAUUUUCGGCUAUUGCGAUCUUCGCAGACAGUGCAGGCAAGAGGAUAAGAGCGACCCAGUUGCGGGCAAGAGGGCGCCAAGCCUGAGGAAGGAGAUCGUGAAAACAUAUUACUAGAAUUUCCCGGGAUUCCCAAAACAUGGGGCGUUUGAAUGCACGCGAAUAUCAGCUGUUUCAAAUGAAAAAUCAAAACUAUUAUUAAUUCGGUUAUUGUACGAUUUGUACAUACGGUUAUCGUGGGUACCCGUCGAUCUUAGACAGUUCCAAGAGAGCAUGCAAAGUCUUUUAAUAUUCAUUAGCUCCAUUAAGGUAAUAUUACGUUUACAAAAACGUUAUCUCUAUUUACUAAGCAUUAUUUGCUGGUGGCACUGGCGUUUCAGGCUGCGAAAUCUCGACAGAUUCGCUUCAACUUCGAGAUGAUUGCUCUCCACUAAUGUAGGCACAGCUGUUCUCGUUCGAGGUUCAAAUUUUUAACUUCGGACUGCGCUCUCGUUCGGGCAGACGGCAACUUGAUCAAGACUCACCGAUGUCUGCUCCACCGUUCGCUCGCGCGACUCUCAGCAGACGCAAGAUUUUCGUUUUGGACGAGGCCAACCCGAACCCGGCUGCUCGAGUUUCGAUCAGCGACGUUAUUAAGAGCAAGUUCGUAGGCGCCAGUGUGCCGAUGGUAUCCAGCGAGCCGCCAACUGCGUAUGCGAGCAAACCCG